AUGUUGACCACUCCAAGUACCCGUACCAUUAGACCUUCCCGUACAUGUAGACCUGCUUUCUCCAUUACUCCAAGAUUUUCGUCCACGUCUAUAACCUCAAAACCAAAGAAAUCCUUGUUCCAGGAGCUUCAGAGGCAGCUUUCUUUCAGGUCCGAUGAAGCCUCACAGGUUCUGAAGAACGCGCCACACAUGCUUUUGGAUGCAAUAGUUGACUCAACCUUCGAAUUUACUGGACAAGCUCUACUCCCAUCUGAGAGCAACUUUGCACCAGUUGAUGAGAUCGGUGAAUCCAUAGAGAUACUCCAGAUUGAAGGAAAAAUACCUACAAAUUUUCCAGAGGGUGUAUACAUUAGAAACGGUUCUAAUCCCCUCUUGGGCGCCCUCCAUUCAACUGUCUCGGUCUUUGGAGAGUCCAAUGAGAUAUGGGUCGAGGGCGAGGGCAUGCUCCAUGCCCUCUACUUCACCAAGAACUAUUCAGAAUCUUGGUCAGUCUCCUAUGUCAAUCGGUAUGUUGAAUCUCCAACGUUGAAGAUCGAACGAGACCGCAAGAAACCAUGCUUCCUCCCAGCCGCCCAGGGCGACUCUGCAGCUGUCAUCGCGGCCUACAUUCUCAACUAUCUGAGGUUUGGCAAGGUGAACAAGAGCAUCAGCAACACAAAUGUGUUUGAACAUCGGGGCCGGGUAUACGCCAUCACUGAGAGCCAUCAGCCCAUUGAAAUCUGCAUACAAAAUCUUGAGACAGGCAAUACUUGGGACAUCCAAGAGAAAUGGGAUCGGCCCUGCACAUCUCACCCGAAGGUAGCACCUGGGUCUGGGGAGCUUGUCAUAUUUGGUUCAGAUGCAAAGAGGCCUUUCCUAGUUGUUGGGGUUGUCUCAGAUGAUGGAACCAAACUAAAACAUAAAGCUGACCUCAAGCUGGACAGACCUACACUUUGUCAUGACAUAGGAGUUACUUUAAAGUACAACAUAAUCAUGGAUUUGCCACUUACAGCUGACAUCGGUAGAGUCACUACAGGUGGUCAGCUGAUUGAAUUUGAAAAGAAAGAUUAUGCAAGAAUUGGGGUUAUGCCUCGCUAUGGUGACGCGGAAUCAGUUAUGUGGUUCGAUGUUGAACCAUGCUGCAUGUUUCAUCUUAUCAAUUGCUUCGAAGAUGGCGAUGAGGUUGUUGUGCAGGGACUCCGCUCAGCUGACUCCAUCAUACCAGGGCCAAGAUUAAACAAACACAGCAUAAUUUCUGAAAGGCCCGAACUUAAAAGAGAUGGCAAGACCAUGAAACAAGGAAUAGAUGAGAAUUUUUUCUCUCGCUUGUAUGAAUGGAGACUAAACCUGGAAAGAAAGACAGUUUCGGGAGAAUAUUUAACUGGAAUAGAUUGGUCCUUGGAAUUCCCAAUGAUCAACAACUACUACACAGGCGUCCAGCAUAGUUAUGCCUAUGCACAAAUAGUGGAUUCUUUAAGAUCAGGAGGCGCAAGUGAAAGAGUACUUCCUAAGUAUGGAGGUUUUGCAAAACUAUGUCUUGAAGAAAGAGAAAAUGUAACAGAGAGGUCGGCCGAAAAUCUAAUAAAGAUGGAGAUUCAUAAACUUGAUGAAGAUCAGUUUUGCUCUGGAGCAUCAUUUGUUCCAAGAGUUGGUGGCCCAUAUGAAGAUGAUGGGUGGAUAAUUUCUUUUGUACAUAAUGAACGAACUAAUACAUCACAGGUGCACAUUAUUGACACCCAAGAAUUUGAAGGUGCUCCUGUUGCCAAAAUAACGCUGCCGCAAAGAGUACCAUAUGGCUUCCAUGGAACUUUUGUCCAUAGAACAUGA